AUGACAAUGUUUUUGAGACAAAUUGUUGUAGAUACAUUAAUGUUACAAGGUGCCUUUGGAAUACCUGACCUUCAUCUAUACUUCAUUUUUAGCAUUUUUGGUAAUUACAAACAAAAGUAUUUAAUUGUCCCUCCAACACCUCAAUCUCCAAAAUUUUUGGAAAAUAUUGAUGCCGAAAUUAGACAAUUAUUCCGCUUCUCCAAACAAAUUAAUAUUCGAGUAGCUGCUUAUAUUGAUAAAUUGUUUGAGAACGAUCCAUCUUCGCAUAAAUUUUGUGUUCAUACACGUAGGGGCGAUUUUGGACCACCUAAAUGGCCGAUGCAUGCAAGGACAGAACGAAAUUUUACUGAAGCUGCAAUUAAAUUUAUACUUGGAUAUUUAAAACAAGUCAACAAAGUAUAUAUCCCUAAAGCGAUGAAUCGUGGAGAGGAUAUGUGCUUUGGAGUUUGGGCAUGCGAUUCUAUAUUAUUGACAGCUUCUUCAUCAACUUAUGCUUGGUGGAUUGCUUAUUUAUUGGAACAGACUGAUGCUAAUGUUUUUUACAAUUCUGAUUUUAACCAUUCAUAUUAUGAUAAGGAAAACUUUCACAGUGAUUGGAUCCCUUUGAGAUUAGAUUCUAAUUUGGGCAGAAUAAUAAUGGACUGA